UAGAGCAGGUAAUUGAGAGCUGAUAGUACGUGGUGAUACGCUCCAUAUCUAAUAGGUCGUUCAAUAUGGCAAUAAUAUUGAUCAGUGUGAUGGUUCCUGCAGUCUUUUGAUGGCAAAUGAGGUGUUCAGUAGGUGGAUUUGUGGUUGUUGAGCUAUGAGACUGCUAAAAAGUUAAUUUUGGUUUUUUUUCGGUGGUUUUUUUUUCUGGGAAUAAGUUCUUUUGUGUAGUAAAAAUGAUGACCAAGACAAGGUGGAUAUUCCUUUUUGCAACAUUCGUGAUAUCAUGUGGAUCUCUCAUAAUGCUGAUUGUAGCCACGACUACCACGCAAUGGGUUAAUGGAAGAGCAGUUAGCACAAGUGGAGGAGGAUCCACAACUACUGCAUCACUUGAUGCUCAUUACGGUCUAUUCGGUGGUUCACAAGAUCUCCAUAUUUUGAAUGUUAUCUCGCAUUAUGAUCUUACAAUGACCUGCUCCUUUGGGGACAACAUCUGCGGAUUGAGUUGCCAAAGGACGCCUGAGGCGAGAUUGGAUGAAAUCACAAAGAUCCUAAAUGGUGUAACGCCCUCAGAAUGCCCCAUUAGUUCAGCCAGAUCAAAUAAUGGCGGCCUCUUGGUGGAUACGCGUCAACAAGAUGUGCCAUCAAAUGAACAAUUCAUCAAUGCCGGUCUCUGGCUCUCAAGUGUCGUCUUCCUCUGCAUCACCAUCUUCUUUGCCCUCCUCUGUACUGUACAAUCACUCACAAACAUCCUCUCCAAUCCAAUUUGGUCGAUUUUCAGUGUCUAUGGGUUGUACAUUUGGAAUGGAUUGGCAAUUGCCUUCGCGAUCUUAACACUAAUUCUCUGGGGGAGUCUCUUUGCCACAUCCAUUCAGUACAACAUUGCAGUUAGACACACACUCACAGUCAAUUCUAUCCUCAAAUCUGAGGGCCUGGCAUCGCUGGGAUUCUCCUACUGGAUCCUCUUUGGGCCCAUUUUGUUGCAUUCAAUCAACAUUGGGCUUCUUCUGUGGCGAAAAUGGCUAAUCGAGAGGGAACCACCACCAGUUGCAAUUAAUGUCAACAGGAAUGAUUUCACCAUUUUGCUCUACUAACGACAUUUUAUGUGAAGAACCUUUUAAGAAAAAUUCUCCAUGCUGUUUUAAAAUCCCACAUUAUAUUGUAAUAAAAUGCGUAAUGGAUUUAAAAUGGAAAAUAAUAUAUAAUUUUAAGUAAAGAAAA